AUGUCCGACGCAUCGAUCUCCCAGCUCCAGGCCGAACUUACGGCCGCGCAAAACAAGCACGUGGAGCUGAAGCAGGAGUUCUUCGGGAUCCAGAGAGCCAUGAGGGACAAGAAGGCCGCGCUCGAUCGCCUCAAGAACACCCAUGACACCAGCUCCAACACGAACAAGUACUCCAAGAGCCUGGAGCUCGAGGGUGCCAUUGCUGAACUCCAUCAGAAGGACAGCUCCGUGAGGGAGGCGAUGCAGGAGACGGAAAACAGCAUCAUUCUCUUGAGGUAUCGGAUCGAUAGCAAAAAGCAUUAA